AUGAGGGCCCGAACAAGAGUGAUAGCUGUGGAGGGGAUGGAUGGAGAUCUGGCAACUGAUUGGGUGUGUGGGAGAGGCAGUGAGGGAGUCAAGAGUCAAAGCACCACCAGCACCAGCAGCAGCAGCACCGCCAACACCACCACCAUUAUUCCUGGCUCCUCUGAAGGCAGCUACCUGGGUGAAAAGGGUCCCCAGACUUCUUCCUCCCAGACCCCAAGCCUGGGGCCCCAGUGUGGUCAGGGAUCAGUUCCUCUCCGGCCCCUGGGCUGCCCAGAGCUGGGGCUGGGGCUGGGAAAGGGAAAGGGACAGGACGUAGGGCCAUAUCUGACAGGAACCUGUGGGCCUGGGGUAGAGAGAGAGCUGGGGCCCAGCUUCCUGAGGGGAGGACCAGGGUCGCAUAGCCCACAUGCCCAAAGGAUGCCAGCCUGGGUGUUCAUCCUAGUCAUCUGCUGCCUCUUCCUCUUGCCCAGUCGGGCUACCACCCAUGUCAGCAAUGAAGGUAAGAGGGCAGAGCAGAGGCCCUGUGUCCCCCCCCGUAAAGCCCUCCCCCAAAGCCCUGGCAUCAUAAGGCUGGCACCUUCUCUGAAUCAGCCAGAGACUGAGACGGCUGCCCAGAGCCCGGAGAGGCUCCUGGACCAGAAGCCCAUGACUUUCCAGGCCCCAAGAGACCGCUGGGAGCCUUCCUGCCCUCAAAGAGCUCCCUGUGCAGCCUGCUCAGCCCCUUGCACCACCAUCCUCCCACUCCUUCCUCUAGUAAUGACCCAGGUCUCUCCCGGGCAGCCUAAGAGCUGGACGACCAGCUCGGGAUCCAGCUGUGAGCCCUGUGCCUCUGGCCAGGCCCGGCAGCCCCUGAUGCCGGGCCUUGCUUUUCGCUUCUCCCCAGAUGCCUCGCUCCUGGCGGCAGAGCCCGAGCCGCUGCGCUGCUUCUCCAGGCAGUAUGAGGACCUCACGUGCUUCUGGGAUGAGGUAGAGGAGGAAGAGAAGGAGAAAGACUGCGCUAAGGAAGAAGAGGAGGGUGGCGAGGAAGAUCCAGGGCCCUACAAACUUUUCUUCGCCUACCCCGGGGAGGAGCCCCAAGUGUGCCCACUGAGAUCUCAGAGGCUGCCCGAAGGAGGGCUCCGCCACGUUUGUCAAGUCCAGCCUGCCGACGGCGUGCGCCUCUUUGCCAAGCUGACGUUGUGGGUGUGGGACCCUGCCAAAGACCGAAACCGGACCCAGCGAGUGCUCAACUUGGAAAACGUGGGCCUGCCUGCCCCACCUAAGAGCAUCACUGCAGUGACUUCUGGUCAGACUGGGGAGCUGCAGGUCACAUGGGAGGUGCAGCCCUCAGAAAUCAGUGACUUCAUGCAGCAUGAACUCCAGUAUGGCCCUUUGGACCCCAGCAAUUCUGCUCAGCCCACGGUCAGAGCGCUGCUCCAAGCACCCAUGUGCUGCCCAUUCAUGAGGUGGCCACACACCCAGCCACACCAGGCCACUGCAACCCCUAAGCCUGACCUGACUCCAGCUCAGCUUCCAGGGACCCAGUCUAUACAGCAGUAUCCUACCAUCGAGGGACCCUCCAGAAAAGGAUACAUGAGCCAGGGACCUGCCAUCAGGGGACACACGGUGCCACAGUGGGAUGGCCCAGGGCAGCUUGGGGCCACCAGAGAAGUACCCCGCUUUCUCUGGCCCCAUCUUCUCUCACCCGUCUCUGAUUCAGUGUUCCCCCCUCUUCAGUACCAAGAACUAAUUGGUGGAAGCUGUAUCAUCUCAGGGUUUCAGCCUGGGAUCUCAUAUUGGCUCCAGCUCCGGAGCAAGCCUGAUGAGAUCUCCCUCAAGGGUUUCUGGGGACCGUGGUCAUCUCCUGUGACCGUGACUCUGCCACGAGAUGCAAGUGAAAUUGGGCUGCAGUGCUUUACUCAGGACCUGGAGCACAUCACGUGCCAGUGGCAAGGACCAACUCAUCCCACCACCUCCCAUGGCUACUUCUACCACUGGAGAGCUGGCAGCUGUCCUAAGAACAGGGGCCCAGCCUGGGAGAAAUGUGAGAAGAUGGACUCCAGGGCAGAAGAAACCCCAAUCUCCCACUGCCACUUUGAGUCUCGAAAUGACAGUGCCAUUCACAUACUGGUGGAAAUAACCACUGAACAGGGCACCAUCCAUCAAUACCUCGCCACUCCCUUCUGGAUGCAUCAGAUCGUUCUCACUGAAGCUCCAGAGCUGCAGUGGACAGUCGGGUCCAACGGGCAGCUCAAGCUGACCUGGAGGCCCCCCUUGCCCUGGCUACCAGGGCAGACCCACUAUCAGCUCCGCUACUCUGGGCAGAAGCUCGACCACUGGAAGGUGCUGGAACCUCCGAGGGGCGCGCUGGGAGAAACACUGGAGCUCCGGCCCGGGGCCCAGUACCGAUUGCAGCUGCGCGCGCGGCCUGACGGCCCCACCUAUCACGGACCUUGGAGUGCCUGGUCUGCGCCUGCGCUCGUGGAACUUGCUCCAGAGAGCGGCUGGGUCUCCGUGGUGACGAGCGCGGUGUUGACGCUGGGCUUCGGCGGCCUCGUUGGCCUCGUGUUGCGGCGCCUCUUCCCGGCCCGAUUCAGGGCCCUGCGGCAGACCCUGUGGCCUCCGCUUCCUGACCUGCAUCGGGUCCUUGGAGGCUUCCUCACUGAGCCCCCAGCCUCCAUGAGCCAGCCCAAGGCCUCAGCCUCAGGAGGAGAUAAAGAAGAGGAACCGAGCCUCUUGGAGGUCCUUUCUGAAUCUGUGGAUGGCCAGUCCCAGCUGGACUACCCGGUGUUGCUGCAGGCUGGCUGUCUGGGGUCCUGGUCCACACCCUUAGCCCCAGCCCCUUCAGAGUCUGAGCCUGACCCCAUCACCCACAUCGACAACUACUCCUACCUGCCUCACUUGUCCCAGCCUCUCCCAUCCUCAAAUCACUGCCACCAGCCCUUGGACACAGUACCUUUCCCUAGAGCCCCCCGGCAUGAGUGCCUGCCAGUGACCCCCUUUACCCCACUGCUUUCCCAAGUGAGCUCCAGCUCAGCUUACUGACUCAACCUCCUGGGGACCCAUCUCACUGAAUGGGGACCUUGCCCUGAUGGGGCACAUCACCAUCUCCUGAGCAAAACUUCUGUCUUCUGCAGUCCUCACCCUCUCAGGAAGACCUCCCAAACUAAGUCCCAUCCUUCCCCAGUGCCCAGCCCCAACACCACUUCCUGAUUGUGGAAGCCUGAGCAAGGCUGGCUGCAGAUUCCCUGGGCUCGGGCUUUGCCUCAGCAGCUGUCGGUCCCCAGAGUGGCCAACCCUAGGACUUGAGCCUUUAUUGCAAAGCACUUGGGGUCUUUCCCAACCCCGGGGACAGAGUCUUUUGCAAAGCCUCUGCCAACCUCAUUGUACAGAGCAGGAAACAGCCAUGCAUCCUCUGCCUCUUACACAUGUGGCUCAUCCCCCAUCCGGCUGGAGCCCCUGGGAUCAGUGACUGGACAGGAUUCAUAGUCUCUCACACUGCAACUCAAUAAAGAUUUCCUUGAAUGACCACUUGAGCUUCAUACACUGGGGACAGGCAGAGGGACAUAAGACUAAGGAGUGGUCCUAGGGAAAAGGGGCCUGUCGGAUCCUGUCAGCCUGGCCUGGGCCCCCAGCUGCCUCACAGCAGCGGGGACAAGUACUCGGCAGGUGGCAAAUGAGCGUAGUUGAGCAAAUGCCAGGAGUGGGGAAUGAGGGGCCCUGAAAGGCAGGUGAGAUUUUUCUCUAGAGACAGACACUGCCUUUCUCCAUUCACCCUGAGUGCUGGGAAGACCUAUAGGCCCUCCUCAUAGGUCCAGCCACCAGCCUUUCGCCUUUGCUCUGGUCCAGCACUAGGCUAGACAGGGAGACACCUUCUUAGGAGGGGUGAGCUGUGAUGGCUGGGGAAGGUGGCACAUACGUGGGGCCCUGAAGGACAACAGGCCUGAUGACUGACAUGGGGAACACUCUACAGCUUGUUAAUUUCUCAUGUAUGCCUCACAAGAGCCCCGUGGGGAGAAAGCCACUCCCAGUAUGUCACCCCUACCCCCCCCAUUUCACAGAGGAGCAAACUGAACCUCAGAGAUGGCCAGAGUGUCGAAGGGAAGAUUCAGACCCAGGCCUCUGGACUUUAAGGGGUCAACACCAAAUUGCAUAGUAUUGGAAUUCAGGGAAGGGGGAGGAGAGAUGAUGAGCAGACCUGCCAGGUGAACCUUGGGCACAGAGUUGCUACUCAGCACGUGCUCAUGGACUAAUGUAUGGGGGGCAAGCCAGAUGGUGGAGAGCCUUAAAUGCCAGGUGGAGGAAUAGGAAGAAGUGGAAAGAGAAAAAUCCUUACAUUUCUGAGCACCAUGGUCAGGGAAAGCCCCCAAAAGAACCUUGUGUCUGCAACAUCUCUAUUAACAGUCUGCAUCCAGUAGGCAGCCAGUCACCCUCUGGUGGAAGAGCUCCAAGGCAGGGAGCCCACCUCCUCCCAGGGCAGCCUAUGCCCCUGGGAGAUGGCUGUUAGCAAGCUUCCUCAGUGGGCCUCUUUGCAGCCUCCUGCUCCUCCUUUUGAUUCUGCCCAAUGAGGCCAAGCAAAACAAGCCUAAUCCCUCUUUCUGUACCUGAAGCUGGCAAGGUUCCCCUUACCCUCUUGUUUUUUAUCUCCUCCCAAUAUUGAAGGGUGCCAGAGGCCUACUCGGUUGGCUCUGAUGAGAGUUGGCCAUUCCCUGCAUUCACUACGGGCUAAUGGCUCUGGCGGGCUUCCCUCCUGGAGGCCGUUCAGAGCUGGGCCAGGUGCUGAAGGCAGCUCUUGUGCCGUGUGGUCAGUGUGCUCACAAACAUCUGUGCUUGAUUUCCACCCCAUCUCCAGGGCCUUUUUCACUGUUCUCAGUGCUUCUCCAGUCCUACGCUCCACAUCUUGAAUUCCCCCUCCAGCCUCCUUGUACCAGCAUCCUCCUGGUCACCCAGGCACCUCAGACUCCUCCUCUUUCCUCACCCUUCGCCCCCAGUGAGUUGGUUGCCAAGUCUUGGCCAUUCUUCCUUUGACAUGUUCUCCACAAGGCUGGGUGACAUUGAUUUCUUCCACAAAAAUGUCCCUUCCCUUUGUGGACUCCAUGUCUUUGUGCCGGCCAUCCCCCUACCCCUUUCAAAAUGCCCCCAGAUACCCUCCCCCAUAGAGCAGGCUUUGGCUGAUUACCUCAUUCCUGGUGCCCUUGGGCUUCACUCAGGCCAAUCUCCUGCUAGUUGAGGUCCAAAAGGAGCAUGAAAUAAAACACCCAUAAUCCAACCAGCAGCUAACAAAAGAACCUUCCUUAGCCAUGACAGGAGAAAGCAUUGAUUCAAGAGCUCAGCUGCCCAGGCAGGCUCCUGGAGCUGGUCUGCCAUCUGAAGCCCCAAAGUGACCAUGAGCCAGUCACCCUCCAGAAAGGUUUCAAGAUCUUUUAAGGGAGAACCAACCUGAUUUGUGUGAGGUUGGGGUGGGGCCAGGUGAGCCAAUUGUUUCCAUCAUCCCUAGAAUGUAAUCCCUUUAAGGUUAGGAAUUCAUGUUUCUGAUCCCCACUUCUUACCUCGGUGCCUGGCACAUCCUUAAUAAAUGCUUGUUGCUUGCCUUA